AUGCCCCCUCUCCGCGCGCACACCAAAUCUCGCAACGGGUGCGACCAGUGCAGGAGUCGGCGGGUCAAAUGUGACGAGCGGGGUCCACCAUGUUCAAACUGCACGACACGCGAAUUAGAGUGCACAUACCUGAAAGUUGCCGCCGCACGCGGCCGCGCAACAAACCCCACGCGACGCCCAAGUUCUGACCCGGCGCGGUCACUGUCCAGCGGAUCGCCAGCGGCGAUUUCGGUCUCCCCCAGAGCGUUGCCGGCCCUUGCCGCGGGCGUCCCGGCAAAUUCGGGACCAGCUCCAGGAUCGACUUCGAUCCAGCCGAACACGUUUGGCAUUGAUAAUCUGGAAUUAAUGCAUAAAUACUCCACCGAGACUUAUGAAAGUCUUUGUGUGAGUGAUUCUGAAAUUACCGUGUGGCGGAAUACCGUGCCGCGGCUUGCUCUGAAGCAUGAUUACUUGAUGAAUGGCAUUCUGGCGUUGGCUUCUAUGCACAUUGCCACGUCGACUGACUCGCCUCUUUCGUUGCUCUAUUACGAUACCGGGCUGCAGUACUACAACCGGAGUCUGACGCCGUUUCGAAAUGCGAUCGAUAGUAUCUCGCCGCGCAAUUGCGAUGCUGUGUUUGCGCACUCGAUUGUCAUGAUUGCUAUCAGUAUCACCUCGCCCAGACUUACAGCUACAAAGGAUGAUUGCUCGAGUAUCACGGAGAACAUCGUGAUCUUGUUCGAGCUACUGCAGGGCGUAAAGAAGAUCCUGCAGGUUAGCCAGUCGUGGAUUAAGCUCGAGCUGUUCUCGCAGGGAGCUUUCUGGAAAAGUGAGCCUGCAGAACUUGAUCCCGACACCGAGGCUGCUCUCACACUUCUCUCGGCAUUGAACGAUGAAAUCAUGAUUGGAAUCUACUCGGAUCAGCACCGCAUCAACAAACAAGUCAUCGCCCAUCUCCGACAUUGCUACGGGAAAUUCGCCCGCUCUCCAGAUCCAGCGCCGGUUCUUGCCUGGCUUGCAGCCGUCGAGAAAGACUUCGUCGACAGUCUCAGAUGUCGACAACCAUUCUCCCUUCUCAUCCUCAUGUACUGGGGCGUUCUCCUGAAAGAACUAGACGCAAAGCGAUGGUGGGCAAAGAACUCAGGCCACGCCCUAGUCUCGGAAUUAUAUCUUGCCCUGAGAUCCGGAGACCCAAGAUGGGACAAUGCCCUAGCAUGGGUACAGCGCAAAAUGGCACUUUGA